UAGAUAAGAUAAAUUGUAGGAACCUUCCAUCAACCAGCUGAACAUGGCGAACUCAACCGCGUUGCUUAGCAACACUCUAGUAGCAACCAUGGAAACCAAUAUAACAAACAGCACAGUCACCCAUUCAGGGGCACUAUCUAUAGAUAACCUUUAUCCAGCCAUAUUUCAGUGCUUCACUAUUAUUCUUGCUGGUUAUAUUGCCGGGAGGGCUGACCUGAUCACCCAGUCUCAGGGUCAAGGAAUAGGGACAUUUGUUGGAAAAUUUUGUUUGCCAGCCUUGUUGUUCAAAAGCAUGGUUGAGCUGAACUUCGAUCAAGUGAAUUGGUACUUUUUACUAGGAAUAGCAAUCUCAAAAACAGGCGUGUUUUUAAUAGUGGUGGUAUUGACUUUGCUUAUACGUAGACCGAUGCAUUUAGGGUAUGCUGGGAUGUUUGCUAUAUUUGCCACUCAGAGCAAUGAUUUUGCUCUUGGGUAUCCUAUUUUGAAAGCUUUGUAUUCGGAGAGCAACCCGGAAUAUUUGCAAUAUAUCUAUCUUAUUGCACCAAUCUCCUUGCUUUUCCUAAAUCCGGUUGGAUUCACCAUGUUGGAGAUACACCGACGUAACGCUGAUGUGUCACAGCGCAGCGGAAAAUGUCACCUGGUACUACAUGUGACCAAAGAUGUACUGUCCAAUCCUAUUGUCUUCAUGGUGCUUAUCGGGAUAGCCGGCAACUUCCUGUUCAAACAGAAUGUGCCCACAGUGAUUGGAGACAUUCUUGAAGUUCUUGGAAAUGCAUACAGUGCUACAGCUUUGUUUUAUCUUGGGUUGAGCCUGGUGGGUAAAGUUCAAGGUCAACUGGGAGUCAAUCUCAUUGGUCCAAUGCUUCUGAUAGGAGCAAAAACGCUUUUACUUCCUUGUAUUACAUGGCAAGUUGUUGGUGCCCUUGAAAUGAACCAGAUGAAUAACUCCAAACCUCUCAGUAUGUAUGGCUUCCUGUAUGGGACGUUUCCAACAGCGCCCUCUGUGUUCCUCUACGCUAGUCAUUUCUCAGUGGCUCAGGACAUUGUAGCUACAGGUAUGGUAGCAUGUACGUUCCUGUCGGCACCUCUGAUGUUUGUAUCAGCUAAGAUGAUGACUGUUGUAGUAAACAGUGAGAUGGACUACAAAGCCUUGCUAGUGGAUACAUCCUUUGAUCUCAGUGUUGUAUCUCUCGUGUGCAAUGUUUGGAUUUUCUUCGUGAUUUGUCUCAGCAGACGACAUAAAAAGAUGCCACAUCACUUCCUUUUGUGUCUAGUAUUUUGUCAGACAUUAUCUUGUAUUGGAAUGAUCAUAUAUGAUGGACUAGACACUAAGAUAGCAUGGGAGCACUACACACAGUUCAUCAUACUGAUUGUCGGAGUUUUGUCGAGUCGAUGUUUCACUGCCGUGUUGUCCGUGGUCUUGUACCUGCUUCAUUGCAGAAGUCUCUGCUUUGUACUGCGGUUCAAAAUCUGGUUUUACCUGUUUGGUUUUGGACUACCAGUGUUUACGACGGGAAUGUUGUUGUUGCUAGGGAAACAUCACAUGCAUGAUGAAAUAGAUCCAUCGUUUCACUAUGGGGUAGAUCAGGCUGUGCUAUCUGUUGUUAUAUUGAGUGUUUGUUCAGUUAUCAAUAUCACGUUCCUCGUGCUACAACAGAGAAAUUCUCGCCAUCAUAAAGCUAAACAUGACAUCAAGGUCAGGUCAAAGGUCAAAAGGUCACGACAUAGAGGUCAAGGUGAUGAGGAGUCAGUUACAGAUAGACUUCUCCCAGAUGAGGAAAUUCCAAGCCCUCAGCACACACAGAGUAGCAGUAGAACCAAGCUUCUACCUGAUGAAGAUGUGAAUAAUGACAAUAGGAGAUACAAAUCAAUGUCGUGUUCUGCUUGCACAGAGGACUGUGAGGUUAAUUUAUACAAACAUACAGUUAGGCAGACUUCUACAAAUAUUGAAGAUAUAAUUCCAUUUCCUGAAAACAUGCAACCAAAUCGGUCCAAACGAAAUGGUGUGAAUCGUAACACUAAGAAAGUUACCGCUACUAAAGACACGCCAAAAUCUGAAAGUAGUUCAUCGUCAUCUUCAACAAGUGAUGACUCGUACUGUGAUACAAUACAGUCAUACGAGUGUAGUAAUGGAACUUGUAGUUAUCAGCAGAGACGACAAUGUGCCGGACUUUUACGAUGUUAUAAUGCUUCAAGUAGAAAUAUACAGGUUGGUGAAACAGGAGAGGUUGAGGUGAAAGUAAGACAACGCAAGGAAACAGAUGAGUAUCAAACUGGGAAAUUCCUCAUUCUACUAUUGUUCCUACAAGUCUCAAUGUUUAUGGGGUUAUUUAUCUGCCUAUGGAGAUUAUUUAACAAUAGCAAGUCAGGGAUAUAUGUGGAACUAGAGUUUCUAGAUAGUUUCCUAAACUAUGGCCAGGGGUUGGUUGUAUUUGCAAUAUUUGGGUUUGAUACACGUCUGAUGAUUCUACCAUGUAUAAGAAGGUAUGUUUUGAUUUAUGAAUGGUAAGAAUAAAAAUGUAAACUAACAUGUAAUAUGUAUAUUAUGAUUUUAUAUGCUC